AUGUGCUCGAGCUGCAACAGUGGCGGCGGGGUAUGGAAGUGCAUGUCGUGCAUUGGUUAUCCAAUCUUCUGCCCGACCUGCUGUCUCGCCGAGCACCGGCGAACACCAUUCCACCGGGUUGAGCAGUGGAACCUCGGAGGAUACUGGGAGCCCUCAUGGCUCCGUCAAGUUGGAGUUUCAAUCACUCUCGGCCACCGGGGCAGAGAAUGCCCCCAGCCGGCGGUUGUCGUGGAGGAUGACGAGGAAGUGGAGAUGGACCGGGCGACCGAUCGCGCGGCCGAUGAUGAUGGCGACGUGCCAGCGGACCCUCUUCACCACGCCGACUCACCUCCGCGACCCCCGCCCGCAAUGAUGACUAUUGUUGACACCACCGGGGUGCAUUUCCUCCAGGUGACGUGGUGCGGCUGUCCCGACGCCGGUGACCACACAUCGCAGCUUCUCGAUGCCGGGUUGUAUCCGGCGAGCCAGCGCAAGGCUCGUACGUGCUUCACCUUUGGGGCACUUGACGGUUUCCUGCUGGACAAUCUGGAGUGUAAGACUACCGCCAUGAAUUACUACGCACGGAUUCGACGGGCCACCAAUCCGGCUUUUCCCCAUGAAGUACCGGAUCGAUACCUUGAGCUGCUUAGAGUGAGCCGCGAAUGGGCGUUGCUCCAGGCGAAGAAACAGUUUGGAUACGGGCCACAGUGGCGAGAGGCCCCGGGCAACGGAGACCUUGCUCACUUUUGCCCGGCAUGUCCGCAGCCCGGAGUGAACAUACCCGAGGACUGGGAGGUGGAUGAUAGGAAGUACCUAUAUGCCCGAGGAUAUGUCAUGGAUGGGAACUUCCACGCCGAGCAAAUGAAAAUGCGCAAGCCCGAGAACGACGUACCGUUGAUGCCGGGGAAAAUGUUCAUGGUUCAUCCCGGCCCAUACGAGGAGCACCUGAGAGUAGCGAAGGACGUGAAGAUGGUGAGGGUCUGCAACGACCACAAGGCGGUCUCCCAGGCCAACGCCGACCGGCAUAAGCUCGCUGUCACCGGGAUCGGCGCAACAUCUUGUUUGAGGCACGGGUGCUUCCUUCCGCACUCGGUAGUGAACUAUCAGAAGGGCGAACAUCAGAUGAACAUGGACCAUCAGGAAAAACGACUUUGUCUUGGGCGUCAUGCCAAGACACCGCACACUCUUUCAAGGCACAAACACCACAUAACCAACUUGAGUGGCUCACAAGUCAGCCAAAAGACCGUCAAAGCUCAAAAGCGUGGGUGUGUCUCUUCUCUGACUUGA